GGUGUUUUGUUUAGAACAAACGAAAACGCGAUUCCUUCAAAAACAGAACUAUACUUUCUUCAUGAAUAAAAACGAGAAAAGACGAAUCUAUCCCCACAUAUAUCCGGAAUCUUCUAGUAAGUUUGUUUCUUCUGUUUUCCUAGUAGUAUAGAAUAACGACGCUUAUAACAAUAACAAUUGCUCACUGCGUCGCCAUUGUUUCACUUUCACCACAAACACAACAAAAAGAGAAACUAAUUUUUUUUUUCCUUAAAAAAAUCAAAAUGUUCGGUGUGGUUUUCCCAAACCGUAGUUUCCCAAUGGACAUCUCAACCUUCGCACAAAUCGACACUUUCCAUUGGAUCCUCGACAUGAACACUUUCGUUGGUGAAGCGUACGAUCAAGUCAGCGAAAUCUGCAUCUUCCUCAUCAACAAUUUCACUCUCCCACCGGACAAAGCGCUCGCUGUCUACGUUCAGUCGCCGGGAUCACCGUUCGUCUACUGCGGUGCCGUCACUAUCGCCCGUCCCUCCGCCGUGCUGUCUCUACUUUGGCCGGAGCCUGGUGCUGGUGACGUACAGCCGCAACUGACGGCGGACGCUCAACCUUUGUCGGCGAAAAUAGGUGUUUCGGUGGAGGAUUUGGUGUCUCUGCCGUCGAUUGAUGUUGCCGGUGAGAAGAGGAUUGAGCGGUUGGCGAUGAAAGUUGGAGAGAAUUUGUUUAACUUUAUGCAAUCAUUUUGUGGCGUUGAUGGAUCGAAGUUGAUUGUUCCGAUGGAUAUUUUGGAUCGGUGGUUUAAGAAGUUUCAAGAAAGGGCUAAGCGUGACCCUCAAUACUUGAAGGGUUUCGCUUUGUAAGUUUUUUUUUCUCUCUUUUGUUUUAUUUAAUUUUUGUCUCUGUUGAAAAAAUGUUGAAAAAUAGAAGAAAGUGGUUUCUCUUGUGUUGAUGUGAUUUUAAUCUAGAUGUUUUUUAAGGAAUCAAGGUUCAUUUCAUGCUAUUGUGUUAUGUUCUAUGAAGCA